AUGGGAAAUAUCUUCUCCUUUUUCAAGUCGCCUAAAGGAGCAAAGGAACAACUGGAACGCUUGCAAAAUGAAAUUGACAAAAUAGAGGAGCACCGUAUAUCAGCUGUAGUCAAGGAACGAAGCUGUAACUUUGCUCUCAUUGUUUCAUCUGUGAUUGUAUAUGUCAUCGGUCUCAUAUACUUAUACUUUGAUUACAACCACAGUAAAAGUAUCACCUACAAAGGUUUUGCGCUCUCUUUCCUCAUUCUCAUUCCACUCAUAGUGUACUAUGCAAGAAGUUUAGUUGGGUGGUACUACAAAUGGGUUAGAGAGACAAAUGAUUUAAAUUAUAGAGCUCUGCUCAAAAUGAAGAAAAAAAUCAUCUCAAAGGUUCAAGAAACGGAAACGUUUAAUGACGCAAAGAUGAUACUCGAAAAGUUUGAUCCAAGCGCAUUAAGGGAGAUGAGCCGGUCGUUUACCAAUCUUUCAAACAUUGGAAGUGAUUUUCAGACUCCCAGUUUCGCCGUACAGAAUCGACGUUCUUUUCGCACUGCCUCACAACCCACGCCCAGGCCACAAAUCAUGCCUAACCCAUCAUUUGUUCAGCAACAGACGAAUCGGCCAAUGUUGGCAAUCUUACCUGCAAAUGCUCAACCACAGUUCAAUAAUACUCCUUUGCGGCCUCUUCAAAAGACAGUCAAACCCAUUUUACCUCAAAAUAGAAGUGUCGUCGAGAAAGCAGUCGACUACAUGUUUGGCGACGGUCCUUCAAAUCGGUUUGCGCUCAUUUGUUCACGCUGCAACUCUCACAAUGGCAUGGCGUUGCCGGCUGAAUUUGAGUACAUAAGCUACAUCUGUGCCUACUGUGGCUUCUACAACCCAGCACGAAAAGUGAGACCAGUCGCAGCUAAAAUGGAGGAUUAUAACACCACCAAAACAUUUGAAGGUCCUCACGUUGAGGAGGCUUCUGACGACACAGUGGCAGGACCCAAGAUCACUGAGAUCUCCUCGGAGAUGAACAAAUCUGUAGAAGCAAAUGUCAGUGAACAAAAUGCAACUACUACUGAAAGACCUGAACCAAUUGAAAAAGAACUCGAAGAGACUAAGCAUCAUGAAGAAAACACGGAAUCUGUGUUGCAAGAUAGCGACCCGAUUCUGUUUGCUGACGAAGACGAGACACAAACUAGAUCAGAGAAUCCCAACACAUAA